AUGUUGGAAGACAUCCUUGGCAUUCAGUUUGUGGGGGGACUCAAAGGCGCCUUGUUCCAACGCCUCGUGUCCAAGGCCAGUGUCCAGCCGGGGGAAGUCCCCGACUUGGCCAACGUGUACUCGACCGACAUCGACAACCUACUGUGGGCCAGCGUCUCGUUCAACAACCUGUGGAUCAUGCCCACGCAGAUCCUUGUCAUUUCGUACCUGCUGUACCAAGAGCUAGGGGUCGCCGCCUUUGCCGGAUUUGGCAUGCUCCUGCUGAGUCUCUGCCUGGGCACGUUCAUCUCGACCAUUCAAUCCAAAGCAUUCGACCGCGUGUCCACCGCCAGAGAUGACCGCAUGCAAGCUGUCAAGGAAACGUUUGGGUCCAUCCUCAUUGUCAAGCUGCAUGCGUGGGAACAAAAGUGUCGCGCCAAAAUCCAAUCCCUUCGCGACAUUGAAAUGGACCACGUAUGGAAUUUCAUGUUAAGCGGGGCCAUCUCCUUCUUCGUUCUCUGGGCAUCGCCCUUGUUCGUGUCCAUGACGUCGUUCGCCAUGUACACGAUGGUGCUGGGGCAACCGUUGACCGCGUCCAAGGUGUUCACGGCCUUGGCGUUGUUCCGCCUCCUGCAAAACCCCAUGAGCGAAAUCCCCGACGACAUCACAGUGAUUGUCGAAGCUAAGGUGUCUCUGGACCGCAUUCAAGAGUACUUGGACCAAGCAAACCAACCGACCCGACCAGCUCCGGCUGUCGCCCCCGAGUCUCAAGACACUGUGAUUGCCAUUGAGAAUGGCACGUUCACGUGGGGCGACGACGGGGGGGCUCCGAUUUUGAAAAAUGUGUCGCUGACCGUAUCCCGCGGCGACCUCGUGGUCGUGCACGGCAAAGUCGGCAGUGGCAAGUCGAGUUUGUGCAUGGCGAUUCUGGGCGAGAUGCGCCAGACGGAGGGCACGACGGGGGUGUACGGGUCCACGGCGUACUGCUCUCAGGAGCCGUGGAUCCAGCAGAUGAGCGUCCGCGACAACAUCCUCUUUGGAUCGCCGUUCGACUCGCGCAAGUACACGCGGGUGGUGGAGGCGUGUGGGCUGCUGCCGGACUUUGGGCUCAUGGCAUUUGGGGAUCUCACAGAAGUGGGGUCGAAGGGGCGCAACUUGUCGGGCGGGCAGAAGGCGCGCAUCAGUUUGGCCCGUGCGUGCUAUUCCGACGCCGACAUUGUCAUCCUCGACGCCCCCCUCGCCGCCAUCGACGCCGUCGUGCAAAAACAGAUCAUGACCAAGUGCGUGGAAACGCUGCUCAAGACCAGGACGGUCAUCCUCGUGACCCACAACGGCGACAUCAUCUCGUCGCCCAAUGUGAAUCGGCUCGUGGAGCUAGACGACGGCGGGAUGGACUUUGUUCAAGUCAAGCCGUCGGGCCAACUACCUCAAGUCGUCACGGAGCCUGUGGGUAGCAGUUCUACCCACUACGAGACUGACGACAAGACCCGAACGCGAACGUUUUCGGCGUCGUUCGUGUCGCCCCGCUUACUGGCGACCCACAACAAGUGGAGAGAGCACUUUGAACUUGCACUUUCCGAAGACACCAACGACGAGGUCCGCGCCGAGGGCCACGUCGACACGAGUGUGUACGGGGCGUUCAUUUCUGCAUGCGGCGGCACGUCGACGGUGGUGCUGAUUUGUGUGAUCCAGUCGUUUUGGCAGGGGUUCCAGAUUGCGUCGGACGUGUGGCUGGGCCAGUGGACCGCCAGCUCGGACGCGGCUGAACGCACGACGUGGUACAUGGGGGUGUACGCUGCAUGCUGCUUUGGAAGCGUCGUGAUGGUGCUAUGCCGAUCCAUCGCCAUUGCCACGUCGGGCCUCAAGGCGUCGCGGCACCUGUUUGACAGCAUGACCACGUCGCUGCUGGGCACGACCAUGUCGUUCUACGACGCCAACCCCAUCGGCCGCGUGAUCAACCGGUACGCCCAAGACACGGCGAGUAUCGACACGCGGCUGCCGUACUCGUUUGGCGGGCUCACAGCCAUGUUCUUUGCAGUCGUGGGGUCGCUCCUUACAUCGCUCGCGGUCGUUCAAUGGUUUGGCUUGCUCUUUCUGCCCAUUCUGUACCUGUAUGUCCGACUGUCCCAAAUGUACCUGCGGCCGUCGCGCGAACUGUCGCGCCUGAAAAAUAUCACGAACUCGCCCGUGCUCACCUACUUGGACGAGAUCGAACACGGGUUUUCUCUGCUGCGCGCGUUUGGAACGACCUACUUGCAGCAAGCCAUCGACCGCCACGCACACCAUGUCAACGUGAACCAUCAGAUGUGGCACGGCGAUCGUGAUGAUUGUGGCCACGGGGCUGGUGGUGUUUCGGUCGGCGCUGUCGGCGGGGCUGGUUGGGCUCGCGUUUAA